AUGGCGCACCAGAACGCAAUAACAGUGGCGCACCCCAGGAGCCUAGCUGAUUCCAUCUCGCAAAAUUGCACCGCGGACACCCCAGACCCCCAACUCCUACCUUUUUCUCAUUCAUUUUCAACAACCGCGAGCCCCUGGGCCCGAGGCUCCACCGUCGUCCACCCUCUGCCUCUCCCGUCGCCAUCCUCCUACCGCAUCCCCAACGACCUUCGCUGCCGCCAGCGGGAGCACGGGCCGCCGCCAGCAGGAGCAAGGGGCGCCGCCGCCAAGCAGAAGCAAGCGCCUCCUCCAGAUCUCCCGUCGGCCGAGCCCAAGGUCCAUGCUCCUCCGUCGGCCACUUUCGUCGUCCCACAGGCCGCCUUCCGCCUCUCCCUUCGGUCGCCGUCCUCCCGCGUCCCCAGCCACCCGCGCCGCCUCCGACCAGAAGCAACGGCCGCGCCGCCGUCGAGUAGCAGCAACGGUCGCGCCGCCUCCCUCCCGAUCUCGCGGCGGCCGCAGUCUUGUUCUCCCGCCGAGCAGCAGCAACAGGCGCACCACCGCCCGCCGGCACGUCUCGCACCGGCUACCACCUCGCGCCACCGGAGCUCCACCGCCCGCCGCCAGAGCUCCACCACACCCUGCCGUGUUGUUCCAUAG